CAAACUGCCGCGUGCAUUCGUUCAGCGGCCGCGUAUCCGAACGCACUGCGCGGGAAAACCUAUUCGAAAUUCGAAUUUAGCGUCGCGCUUAACUUAAAAAGUUUUGCCGUGUUUUGAUUGGUUGGUGUAGUGAUUUUUUUAAAUCGUUUUCAAGUACCAAAAUGACCAUCUACAGCAAGAUUGUCCAAAUAAUUUUGAUUUGUGUGUGAAUUGGAUUGGAUUAUUGGAUACCUACUCAUUUUUACGAAAGAAUCAUGGCCGAAGCAAUGGAAACCGGAACGUCGCUAGCGUGGCGACUGCUCGCUACGCUAGAAGGAGGCUCGCUAGUGCUAGUCGCGUCAGCACUGCUGGCGUACAGCGCCCGGCAGAGGGCGCGAGAGCGGCGUCCGGUUCACACAGUCCUAGUAUCAAACACAUCAAGCGCGUUAGGAAAAGAAAUAAAAACGCGGUUAGAAUCACGUGGGUGUGUUGUGAGCAUGCCAAGUGAUGCGAGCGGAGCGGAAGCGGACGCGGGGGCGGGUAAAGUCGACGCAUUAGUGGUGGUUGGACAAGACGCCAAUGUUGAAAGUUUGGACGGCUUGGCAGAUCUCGUAUCGAGAGAUGUUUAUGAUAAUUUAAAGAAGCUUCCAUUGCAGGUAUUAAAAUCGUUAUCGCGGCACGUGCACCGCGGUGGUUGUGUGGCGUGGGCGUGCGCCGGCACAAGCGGCGUGAGCGGCGCCGGCGACGCCUUCGAUACCGUGCUGCGAGCCAGCCUGCAACAUGUCGCUGAUAGGCACGACUGCAGUCCGGUAUGGGUGGGGCGACACCCAACAACGCUGGCAGCGGAACGCGUGGUCGCUGCGCUCGUCCCUUGUACCACACACUCGUCCGCUUUCUCCGUGAGAAAUGCAGCUCACAAAAUCGGCGAGUACCUCGGCAGAUGGCUCAAAAACUUAGCUUAAAUUAGCAUUUACCUCAAUUAAAUACAAGAUACUAAGUCAGAAGGACGUAAUGUCAUAUUUUACAAAAUGGUACCAUUAAAAUGAUUGAAAAGACAGACGUCAAUAUAAUGGGUCAUUCCUACUGCUUUCAUAAUAAUAAGAAAAUAAUAAUUUAGCCUAUAUACGUCCCACUGCUGGGCACAGGCCUCCACUCAUGCGCGAGAGGGCUCGGGCUAUAGUCCCCACGCUAGCCCAAUGCGGAUUGGGAACUUCACAUACACCUUUGAACUUCUUCGCAGAUAUAUGCAGGUGGCAGGUGUAAAGCGGUGGUGGCCGAGUGGAUAUGACGUCCGACUGCUUUCAUAAGCGACCAUAUUGUAAAGUCGCCAUCAAAUAUAUCGGGGCGGCCGAGAUGCUAAAAAAUAUCUGAACACGCACUCUAACGACGGUUUCAGACUAGCGUAUUUUUCUGCGCGUAUACGGUCGUUUCGGCGUUACAUUUGGUUUUUACGUGCGUACAGGUGCGUUACUUUUCCCUAAAUUUGGUCUAUUCUUACGCACGUACGCUACGCUCGUAUAAACCGCUAGUCUGUAACCGCCCUAAGUGCAAGUGAUCACACUUCAGCAGUGGAGCUACCAUAAUUAUAAUUUAGUAGCGAAAAGCACCAAUACAGAGUAAACCCGCAUAGCGGGUCGAUGGAAGUGCAUGUGUUAUGUGUUAAAACACUUAUAACCAGUGCAUUAACAACUUAUAAGAAAGUAACAUUACUAGUGCCUGGAUGACUUUUUUAAUAUUUACACCUGUUACAUAAUAUAACUAAAUGAAAACUGUGACAGUAUUUUACAGAACCUCCAAUAUGUGCCUGUAUGAUGCCUGUGUAUGUACGUAACUUGUCUUGUAGUUUUAGAAAAUAUGGCCCAGAAAUUGUCUUUAAAAAUCUAUGGAGCUCAGUUUAAAUUAUAUGAAUAAAAGAAAUAUAAUUCACGUGGUUUCUGUUUUGUAAAUAGUUAAUCGUUUUAGUAUGGUAGGUAGAUAUUAUUUUUUCAUGUUUUCAAUAAAAUUAUGAAAAUAUAUACUUA